AUGACUGUUCAGACUGAGAAGAAGUAUGAGCAAGAUCAUGGAUUCUCUACAGGAGAUCUUCAGACUGCUGCGUAUAUGUUUGCUGGUCUUGCUAUGAUGCUUAAUAUUAGGCUUUCAUACAGUGCUGCACCAUUUGCCUUGUUGAGGUUCAAACUUCCUGAAAAUCUCUUUAGUGUCUUCGUUAGGACUACUUCAAGUGCUUUGGAACUUUGGUGUUUACCUAGUAUGACCAUUGGUAACAUCAUGGAACAAGUCUACAUCAACUAUUUUAGAGACAAAGACGCUGGUAAGAAAGAUUCUGAUGUUUCUGACGGUACUAAGGUCUCUAAGUGGUAUUGGAUUGUUAUUCCCUCCAUAAUUACAAAUUGGUUAAACUUUCUUACAUUUGUAAUAUUGUUGAUAAUUUAUGUCACUGGUGGUGAUCAAGGUCAUCUUACUUGUUAUUACUGGAUUAUGGCCAUAUCCGGAUUUGUAUUUGGAAUUAACAUGGUCCUUGUCUAUGCUGUAGAUUAUAGAUAUCUUGCAUUCUAUAUGGCUGGUGAAAAUUCAUUUCCAAUGGUCACCUCACUAAUACUAUAUUUUGCUACAUCUAUAUUUGGUAACCGUAGGAAAUAUAAUUCUGACUACCUUGUAGUUCUCAUAGAUAUCUCAAUCUCAAUCGCAAUAGCGCUUGUAGCCUCUGUGUUAUGGACCAUAGCUUUCUGGCAGUAUAGGGCUCCAAAGGCGUCACGUGAUAGUCCCAACAAGGAAGUCACAUCACCUGUACUGUUGGUUCUCGUUGGUAUGGGAUUGGUCUACUCUAUUUAUCCUGGUAUUGCACCUGGUAUGAUUGUACCAUUUCAUCUCAUUGAUAAGAUUGAAAUGGUUCUUCUAAUACUGACAACAUUUCCACCACUGAUAUUCGCAUUCACUACUAAAUACGCUCCAAACUGGUCACCCAAAACCAAAUUCGUAUUCCACUCACCAAGUAAGAUGGGUUUUGGUGGAUGGAAACAAUACCAACUCCACGUAGACAAAACAUACGCACAAGGAGAAUGCGACGAGAAUGAACCUACUGUUUAUGGUUGGUUGUGGCACUUCUUUGAUAUCCUGGCUCCACUUCAGAUCAUCCUAGCUGUUAUUUUUAUAUAUUCAAUUCACUAUAGAGAUUCCAAUAUAUCCAGAUCCAUUGUUAAUCAACCUAAAAUGUCUACAUUUCUAACCAUAAUAUUUUAUAUGUGUCAUGAGAUCAUGUUGGCGACUGGAUUUCCAGGAUUGGUGUGUAAUAAUGGAGUUACAUGGGUUCUCCUUCCAACCCAGUGGGUGGGAGCACUAUUAAUGGUCUUUCUGGCCUUCUAUAGCAUAGGUUAUAUAACUGAAUAUAAAAGGCACGACCCUUCCGAAUGGCCAACAGACGGAAUGACAUGGUGGAAUUCAGUGUGUUACUGGUUAAAGAUGGCUAGCAAAAUUACCAAUAAAAAUUUCAAACAAUUGUUUACAACUGAUUUACGUAGAUUAACGAUUUAUUAUAAAUAA